ACAUGGUGACUUGCAGGAGCAGCAGUCAGGUUGGAUGAGGUGGGUGCUCCGUGGAGAAAAUGCCCACCACACUAUGAAGUGAUUCAUGACACAUGGAAAUGUGCUGCCACCUGAAAUUGGAGCUCAUUUAUUCCAGCUCCAUCCCUGCAUGCGGCUCACUGGACACCACAUCAGCGGGUUAACGGGGACCUCCGGAGCCAGCCCGCGUCCAGCGGGGUCUCUUCCUCUGCAGAGGCAGCAGUCACGGGGUCCUUCCUGCACGCUCUCUAGGAGCGGGGGAGUCAUUUCUGGGAAUACUUCUGCAUGUGCCAGGAGCGAAGUGGGGAUGUUAGGAUUUGAUGAAUCCACCUGCCGCGGCUCGGGUUUUCAAACGGAACUUUAGGCGAAACUUUGCAAUGACGUGAAGAUUUUAUUUAAGGAUGCGCCGACAUCACGGAGGAUUCAAUUGAACACACGUUUUCGCAAUGUUUUUGAAAGCGCGACGAACUGUGAACUUUAUUUUGUGGAUCUUUAACUUUUUAAUUUAUUGGACUUGGGUUGAAGCACAGAUGGGGUUCGACAGUCCUCUCUCUGCACAGGAGCAGAUGUUCAUCCUGUAUGAAGUCAAAAUGCGGUGCUAUCAGAACCUGUCCAGUAUGGAACCAACAACCACAGAUGACGUGUGCCCUCCAGACUGGGACGGUCUUAUUUGUUGGCCUCAUGGCUCACCUGGGCAGAUUAUGAAGGUUCCCUGCCCAGCUUACAUCUAUGACUUCAAUCACAAAGGACACGCUUACAGGAGGUGUGAUGUCAACGGUUCCUGGGUCUUUGUGGAGCAAUGGAACAAAACAUGGACCAAUUAUUCAGAGUGUCUACGGUUCCUUCAGCCCCUCAGUGAUGAGGAAGCAAGAAAAGACUUCUUUGAGAGUCUAUAUGUCAUGUACACCACCGGCUACGCUGUGUCCUUCAGCUCUCUGCUAGUGGCCAUCAUGAUCAUUGGAUACUUUCGGCGCCUUCACUGCACCAGAAACUACAUCCACAUGCACUUGUUCGUUUCCUUCAUGUUGCGGGCUGUUAGCAUUUUCGUGAAGGACAAAGUUGUCUAUUCGAGUGCCGGAUUGCAAGACUUUGACUCAGCCCUGCUGGAUAACCUGAAAACAGCGAGCAUUUCAUCACUCGACAAGUCCCAAUAUAUCGGCUGCAAGGUGACGGUGCUGCUCUUCAUCUACUUCCUGGCCACCAACUACUUCUGGAUCCUGGUGGAAGGCCUCUACCUGCACAGCCUCAUCUUCAUGGCGUUUCGCUCAGACUCCAAAUACCUCUGGGGAUUCAUAUUCAUUGGAUGGGGUGUUCCUGCCGUGUUUGUCGCAAUCUGGGCGAUCGUCAGGGCAACGCUGGCAGACGCAAGGUGCUGGGAGUUAAGUGCUGGUAACGUCAAAUGGAUUUACCAAGUUCCUAUCUUGACAGCAAUUGGGCUCAACUUUAUUUUGUUUGUGAACAUCGUGCGAGUGCUGGCCACAAAGAUUCGAGAGACAAACGCAGGGAGAUAUGACACCAGGAAGCAGUACAGAAAAUUGGCAAAGUCCACCCUUGUGUUGGUGCUGGUGUUUGGCAUCCACUACAUCAUCUUCGUUGGACUGCCUCACACAUUCGAAGGACCAAGCUGGGAGAUUCGCAUGUAUUGUGAGCUAUUCUUCAACUCCUUUCAGGGCUUCUUCGUGUCCAUUAUCUAUUGCUAUUGCAACGGAGAGGUUCAGACAGAAAUAAAGAAAACAUGGACACGCUGGAACCUUGCCUUUGAGUGGGAGGGCCCGGUGGUCUGCGGUCGCUACCGUUACGGCUCUGUGGUCGUAGGUCUCAACAACAACAGCACCAGCAGUCAGUCCCACCUGGCCGGUGGAGGCCUUUCCACACGCUCCACCACCCUCGCUUCGAGUCGAGCUUAUCGAAGCACGGGCGCGCCCUCCAUCAACGUGCAUGCCACCCUUCCGGGUUAUGUGAUGACAAACUCUGAUCCCUCCAUACCCGAAGAGCUGGAGGACAGCGGCCCCAAAAGAGUGGACGAUAUCUCACUGAAGGAAAACCUGCCUGUGCUGAAUAUAAGUGCAGCUGCUGAGGAUGAGGAGGAAACGCUGUAGCUGGCAAAAAGAGACUGAUUAAAUUUUCUACCGGUGGAGCCGUGAACUCUUUACUUUCUUGUGUAAUUUAAAUUCUGACAAAGGUAGCUAACACAAAUGAAAACUAAAAGCAAAGGAGCAUUGUGAACUCUGUGGAUUAGUCAAUACUGAAAUUAAUUCCAAUGCCCGACACAAUUCAUAAGUUUUUAUAUGGCUGAAAGGACUAAUCAAAAGGUUCUUUUUUUAUUCUCAAGAGAGACUCAACGAGACACUCAAAUCAUAUUUAUACCUGGAUUUAAAGAAAUCAUUUAACCCAAGCUGUGACUCUGGUGCAGGUGUUAAAAUCAAGCAUAUUCAUUUUAAGACAUUUGACUUUAAUUUUAAUAUCCACCUGUAACAACUCAUGCUGCACUGGUAAGAAGGGCUUUUGGGGCUGUGAUAUUGCACAUCGUAAAAAGAAUGUGGAUGAGAGGAUUGAGACAACAAAAGAGCCCUUAUUUUUGUCAUGAAGAAAACUCCAUUUAUCCAACUGCCUCUGUAGGCCACUCAAUAGAUGUGCUCUUAAAAAACGAGAAGCAAGCUCCUGCAUACAAGUACUGAAAAGUUAGAAACAUGUACCUAAAAAAGUUUUGGAAGCUCCUUCUUUUUCUUGCUGCUAACUGGUGUGUACCUUUAAUUAGGAUCACAUCUGAAACUAAAUGUGAAUCUCCAAUCAGAAGAAGCACAGAUUAUUGUUUACAUAAAACAGGGUGUUUGUAAGAUAGCAGUGACAGCACAGGUAGCAUGACAGACGUAAAAACAAGUUAUUGCCUGGAAUGUUGUAUUGAUGAAACAUUUGUUUUUAGAAAGAAAAACAAAUAUUUUAACCUCUAAAGAUUUAGUGUGUGCUAUAUUUCUCCAUUACCUCCAUUGAGCAGAGAAUAAAAUCUUAAAAUGUUUUGUUAGGUUCAGAGAAACUUUUCCAUACAAUGUCUUUUAUGAAUUUUAUGUUUUUAUGUUUUAUCCUUGUAGAUAUUUGAAUCACUGUUUCCUACCUUGCUAUUUUGACUGUCGUAUAAAAAUAAGAGCAUUUUGCAAAAAGUGAAUUGGAUAUUUUAAAAUUCCUGCUGCAUCUUUGAAGUACAUAUUGUUGUUGAUGUGCCCCUGGUCUGAAAGGUGAAUGUUUGUUGGGAUAAAGUCUGUAAAAAUUGCAGUUUCUGCUGCAUAAGGUCUUGGUAUGUUACUUUUGCUGUGAUGUCAUUGUCUGCUUCUAUUUAUUUUUUCUUUCACAUAAUGUUUAAUGGUCUUGGCAAAUUGGGGAAAUUCCAAUGCUCUUUGAGUCACCAAAGAAGGUUGGAAAAUUACUAGCAAAAUAACUCAGAAAGUAAGAUACCGGUCAAUUUCAGUUUCAAGCAUGCAGCAUGCUAAGGUGAGUGGAUCUUCACCAUUGCAGAUAGUAAAGUUUGGUUUAUUGAUGUUAUUGGAUCAUUUGAGUCAAAGUUGUGUUGAUCGGUUUUAGUGCCUCUAAUGUGCAGCAUUGCUACUUACAUAGACAAAGAUAUGCUGUUUUCAUGCAGCCAAAUUUCUUAUAUAAAUUGAUUUGUUGCAGUCAGCUUGUGAUCAAAUCGUUUGUCCUAUUGUGUUGAAGGGUAUUAAGAGCAUUAUUCCCUAUAGGUUUGUUCUCCUGUGCCAUUAAAGUGAAAGGCAGAAAGGAGUAGUUAUGUGACAGGGGUUGGAAACAAUUUUUAAUUUUCAAAAAAAGGGUUCCAAAGAUUAUUUAUUGGUUUUCAAGUUAUGGAAAAGUCACUCAUACCAAAGACAACAGGGAUAAUUCAAAUUAUUAUUAGUGAAUUUAGAAACCUUCCUUCAUUCUUAACUUGUCAUAGUUCUGAAAAAUUUUAAAUAAAGAAAUUAAACCACCAAUAAUGUUGUGGUUUAACAAAGAAAGAAAACACUACAAGGUAGCACUUUACAGAAAGUGGAAUUAAUGAUAUCAACCCUCGCCCAUGCUAGCUAUAGCUGAAGCAUGUGUGAACUGAAUAGUCAGAAUGAGCAUUGUUGUUUUUUAGUUGAGAUAAAUAAGAACUGAACUGAAGCAACAAGUACAAACCAAAUUUUGUACUUGAUGCUCUUCAUGCUAUCAUUGCAGCACAGCUAGCUGCUAAAGGAAGCUAACAGUAAUGGUGCAGAACAAUGAACUAUUCAGAAAAUGAAUACAAAAGUAGUAUUUUGCACUUAAAAGAAGGAAGUGUUAGAACGGAAACAGUGGGAUUUCCAGGAAGACUGUGCUACUACGCCACAGCUACAGGAAGUUAGUCUUAGCUGUUGGCUAUAAGGAAACUCAUUUACAUUCCUGUGUCCAGAAAAAUAUUUAAACAAAUAUACAUGUCAGAAAAGUAUGUUGAUAGAAAACUGUAAAAGACAAAAAGAUACACUUUACUACAGAAUGCAAAACCUCUCUCCGUUUUGCACCUGAUUAUUCCUGAGGACUGUGGUCACAAAAAUGUUUAACAUAUGCAAGAAUGUGCGUCCUUGUGUUUGUUUUUUCCACUUUGAAAGUAAAUUCACUUUCUGCUUGUCACAGAAGAAGAGAUUCAUUUUAAUAAAAAAAUACUACUCAUGGCGUUCCAUUUCAGCUGGAAAAUCUGAGAUUCACCCCAAUAAUCAAAUCUGACUUCAAAAUCCAACGUAAGUGCCUCAUGCUUUUAAAGUUAUCAAAACUUUCUAAUUUUGCUGUCAUUUUUUACACCACUUGUCUGUUUUCCCAAUUUAAUGUCUGUCCAACCAUUGUCACUAUUGUAAUACAUAUCAGAUUGAUAUUGACUAAUUUAUCUGAGUGUCUGGGUGACGGGGAUGUUCGAUGACACAGAGUAAAAUGUGGAUCACAGUCA